ACCGCGCGGGCGCAGUGCAGCCAGGACUGCGCGACGUGCAGCUACCGCCUGGCGCGCCCCGCCGACAUCAACCCGCUGGCUUGCACACUGGAAUGUGAAGGGAAACUGCCUUCUCUCAGGACCUGGGACACGUGCAAGGAGCUGCUCCAGUUGUCCAAACUGGGGCUUCCUCAGGAUGGCACCAGUGCCCUCAAAGAGGGCAGCAGGCAGGAAGAGGGGCACUUGCUGGCCAAGAAGUAUGGGGGCUUCAUGAAAAGGUAUGGGGGCUUCAUGAAGAAAACCGAUGAGCUUUACCCCCUGGAGCCAGAAGAAGAGGCAGAGGGAGGUGAAGUCCUUGCCAAGAGAUACGGGGGCUUCAUGAAGAAGGGUGCCGGUGAGGAUGGCACUCUGGGCAAUUCCUUAGAGCCCCUGCAAGAGCUUCUAGGAGCAGGGGACAACCGAGAGGGCAGCCACCUCCAAGAGGGCAGCGAUGAUGAGGAGGUGGGCAAGAGGUACGGGGGCUUCAUGAGGAGCUUAAAGAGAAGCCCCCAGCUGGAAGAAGAAGCCAAGGAGCUGCAGAAGCGAUAUGGGGGCUUCAUGAGGAGAGUGGGCCGCCCCGAGUGGUGGAUGGACUACCAGAAAAGGUACGGGGGCUUCCUGAAGCGCUUCGCCGAUUCCCUGCCCCCCAACGAAGAGAGCGAAGGUUACUCCAAAGAAGCUCCUGAAACGGAGAAAAGAUACGGGGGGUUUAUGAAGUUUUAACGCCCUUUCCCAUGAGUGACCCCAGCCCCAGCAAGCCCUCCUCGGUCCCCCAGUGAGAGGCCGCCUCGCAAAUCGUGUUUUACUGCCAUGUGUUGCUUGCAUUGUGUAGUUGACUUUAUUGUCUGAAUAACUAACUAUACAACCUGAAAGCCCUCAGUUCAGGUUCUGUGAUCUUUUGAGAGUCUGUAAGCUCAGUAUUGUCUGUGGCAGCCGUCUUGUUUCCAUGCUAAAAUUGUUUCUGUCACCUUGUCCUUUAUUUUUGACGAAACACCAAUAAGUGAUUACUUGUUUAUGGAUAUAAUAAACCCAUUACCCCGAAUGCA